GUUUUUUUCCCCCCUCUCCGCCAUGUUUGUCCUCCUUGUGAGUAACUUGGAGUUCGCUCUCAGCAGUUUCCACACGUUUCCUAUAUAUGCAGAGAGAGUGUUCAGAUUUCUAUUAAGGACACCUCUGGCUGCUCUUUUGCAAGCACAGAACUCAAACGCCCUCUCCCUCCCCUCCAAACUUUUUUUUUAUAUCAUUUUUGAGUUUGAUCAUCUGAGAAAGAAGAGCAAGUAUAACGGAAGAGGAAGGUUGGAAACAUACCUAGAAAUAGAUCGGGUGGGGGGGUGGACGGCACGACUAGAACAGAAAUAAUUCCAGCAAGAUGGACAUGAAAAAAAGAAUUCACCUGGAGCUGAGGAACAGGACGCCCUCUGAUGUACGAGAAUUGGUUCUGGAUAACUGCCGGGCGCAUGAAGGCAAAAUAGAGGGUCUUACAGCAGAGUUUGUGAAUCUAGAAUUCCUCAGCUUAAUAAAUGUCUUAUUGAUGUCAGUCUCAAAUCUUCCAAAGCUCCCCAAAUUAAAAAAGCUUGAGCUGAGUGACAACAGAAUCUCUGCAGGCCUGGAUGUACUAGCAGAAAAACUAUCCAACCUCACACAUCUAAAUCUCAGUGGAAAUAAAAUAAAAGACAUUAGCACAUUGGAACCUCUGAAAAAAUUAGAGUCUUUGAAGAGCCUGGACCUAUUCAACUGUGAAGUAACAAACUUAAAUGACUACAGAGAAAGUGUUUUCAAGCUCCUCCCGCAAUUGACUUACCUGGAUGGGUAUGACAGAGAAGACAAGGAGGCCCCAGACUCUGAUGCUGAAGGAGAUGGUGUAGAUGAGGAGGAAGAAGAUGAAGAGGGGGAAGAGGAGGAAGAAGAUGAAGAGGAAGAAGAUAUAGAUGAGGAGGAAGAUGAGGAUGAGGAUGAAGAGGAGAUAGAUGAUGAAGACGAUGCCAGUGGCGAGGAACAGGAAGACUUUGGACAUGAUGGAGAAGUAGAUAAAGAAGAUGAUGAGGAUGAUGAUGAAGAGGAUGAAGAAGAAGACGAAUCUGGCAAAGGAGAGAAAAGAAAGAGAGAAGCAGAUGAUGAAGAGGAUGACUAUAAGACAAAAACAAAAAAUUAAAGAAAAUGAAAUGAUAAAGGACCUUUUAUGGAUUAUAUGGUGUUGAUUGAACUGGCCCUACCCUUGGAUUACUGAUAAGCAGGUUUCAAAGCCAUAGUGAUUUAUAACAAGCCCCUUGUCCUUGAGCACCCAAUGAGCCAAAGAGUUGUUUUCUGUGACAUUCCUUCCCCCAAUAACCCCAACUGGAAGAUUACAACUUGAUUUCUAAUUAAUUCUGAAAAAAAAGCAAAGAAAGAGAGACAAAACUUCUGACUAAAAUCACAAACUUAGGUCAAAGCUUUUCCUAUUAUGUUGGGGUUCCUAAGGGUUUCUGAAUUAAAACCCCGAGGUUGUAUUUCGGUGAGUCGUGAUUGUCAGUGGCUGCUUGUUAACUAGAAGAUGGAGCAACAUUUUUACUUUCUGUACAAGAAAGAGGGGGGGAAAAAUCCUUUGUAAAUAAAAUCUUAACAUUUUGGGUCUGUUUUUCAUGCUUUGCUUUUUUUUCUAACAGUUCAAUAUUUUUUUACAGUAGGAUGUUUUUUUGCUGCAGAUGAAAAACUAUUUUUUAAGAACAUGAGUGAAAUAAACAUGUUACUAUUUGGUAAA